CAUUUGCAAGUACAACAGUUCUCUGUGAGCCCCCAUUCAUUUCCUGAGAACUGCACUGAGCAGCUGAGAGACCGAAAGGGAGGGAGUCAUACAGAGAGGGAGAGGACUCUAUAAGGGAAGGAAAACAGUUUCUCCAGCUCUGCAGCUAUUGACAAGAGCACAGUCACCGCUGACAACAUAAUGUUAAUGCUUGACGGGAUGCCAGCAGUAAGAGUCAAAACAGAGCUGUUGGAAUCCGAACAACGGUCUCCAAAAGUCCACAACUAUCCCACUAUGGAAGCCGUGCCUCUUUUACUUAGUAAAGUGAAACCAGAGCCUCCGGAGGAUUUGCUAUCAACUGACCAGUUCCAAACACAGACUGAGCCAGUGGACUUGUCUAUACACAGAGCCAGGACCUCCCCCUUAGCUGUUUCAUCGUCACAGUCGUCACCAGUUUCCAUGGUGACAUCAGCCUUCUCCCCUUCUUCCUCCUCCUCAUCCUCAUCUUCCUCCUCAGGGCACACCUCCUCACCAACAGUCAUUGCCUCAGUAUCAUCAGCAUCGUCAACAGGCAUGUUAUCGCCAGGCCCACUUGUGGCGUCCACCUCUGGGGUGCGGGGUCAGCAGUUUUUGCACAUCAUCCACCCAGUGCCACCUUCCAGCCCCAUGAACCUCCAAACUAACAAACUGACGAGUCACGUGCAUCGUAUCCCUGUGGUGGUCCAGUCAAUGCCUUUGGUAUACACAGCAGUGAGGUCGCCAGGGAGUCUGAACUCCACUAUUAUGUUACCGUUGCUGGAGGAAGGCAGACACCAGGUCAAAGCACAAAUAGACCCAAACGACUUGUCUCCAAGACAAAUCAAAAGCGACAGUGAUGAUGAUGACCUGCCAAAUGUGACCUUGGACAGUGUUAAUGAAACUGGAUCCACUGCUCUCUCUAUAGCAAGAGCUGUGCAGGAUUCCAUCUCACCAUUCAGUAUUGAAAGCACAAGGCGCCAACGGAGGUCAGAGUCCCCUGACUCGAAGAAGCGGCGCAUACACAGGUGUGACUUUGAAGGCUGCAAUAAAGUGUACACAAAGAGCUCCCACUUGAAAGCACAUCGGCGGACCCAUACAGGUGAAAAGCCAUACAAAUGCACGUGGGAGGGAUGCACAUGGAAAUUUGCUCGCUCGGAUGAGCUGACGAGGCAUUACCGCAAGCACACCGGAGUGAAACCCUUUAAAUGUGCAGACUGUGACCGGAGCUUUUCUCGCUCGGACCACCUGGCCCUUCACCGACGCAGACACAUGCUGGUUUGAAGAAGAUACCUCCACACAAACACUGUAAGAGCAGGGUCUCUUAUAACCCAAGUUCAGCUGGGCUGAACCCAACCCCACCGUUCCCGCCCCGGAGCGUUCAAAUAGACAUUCUCAGAUGUCCAGAAACAGAAAAAGAAGGAGAUUCUGUGACUUCUAAAAUAUAGGCAUCCGAUCCCAUGCCUUUUACCUAUGUUGCUUUUAAGUUUGGAGCUUAGGAAACUUAUUUUUGGGCAUCGUUUUUUAUGUCCUCUCCUUUUGUUUAUACUUCAGAAUGAAAUGUCUUUUUUUGACAAACAAGUACUAACACAUCAUCAUAAAAAAGUAUUUUGAUUUUCAAAAAGGUGGCCUUUUCUGCAACAAUAAUGUGAAAGAACCAAGACCUCUGCAGAAGAGCAGGCCAUGACUCCAAGACGCCACUAGCGCCCUGUUUCUCCAAUCAAUGGAGCCAGCAGAGCAGCUUACUCACAAACAGUGUUUUCCAAUGUGUUCAAUACUCUUUGACUGUCAGCCAUAGGAAAUCACAGAGAUUAAUUAGUUUCUGGAGUCCUGCAAUAAUGAGUGACCUUCAGAUAUCAACAAACAAUUGGUGGGCCCCAAGUUCUUGUGAAGUUGAGGAUUGGUGCUGCCACAGCAGAAUAAAAGUGAGAAAUCAAUGUACAGCUUACUAUUUCUUUUAAGAGGAAUUUUUCUGUUGGAAAUCUGCACUUAAAAUCCAGUAUAACUGAUAUAGGUAGGGGUUGGAACCAGCAGAGCCCACCAGCCCAAGGUACCAGACAUUGCCCCAAUCCCUAGCUUCUAGGGAUUCUUUCCAUAUUGGUAGAGCUUUUCUUUUUUAUAUAACACAUGUUAAAAACAGUUCUCAAAAGCACAUGGACAACCCUAAUAAUCUCUAUUUGGGCUAAGGGAGACUGAGGGACAUCCAGUAAAACCGCUUCAUUCUGUCUAUGUGACUGUUUUUGUGUUCCUGACAUAUGAGAAGAAAUGCAUCAGAUGCAUUGUACGCUGUGAUAAGCAAUCAGUAAGGUGCACUUUUAGUUUAUUGCGUUUAAAAAAAAAUCCACACCCCAUUUUAAAAAUAGCAAUAAACAUAUUAUACUCUUUAAAUAUUUACACAUGUAUUUACCAUUGAAUAGCACUAUGUUAAGCACCUAACAAGUACUUUUUUUUCUGAUCAUAAUCCUAAUUAUGUGAAUCCCAGAGAAGCCUACUGCUAUUGAUUUUUGUUAUCAAAGGGAUCAUCUGUUUCAAUAUAUCAACACAAGAGGCGAGCAAUACAUUUUACAAGUUGCAGAGUUUCUCUAAAUAUCUCACACCUGCUCUUGAUCCUUCAAAGAACCUGGAGCCAUUAAAACAAGUCCUGCUUUUAGUCAAUGCCAGUUACACUUCUCUAGACAAUAGUUUUAUAUAUGUUUAACAGAAAAUGUUUAUAGCUGUGCUGGCCAUCAGAUGACGGAGACAUGGAGAAUGACAUCACCUAUUGGUAAUACAGUACCUGUCUUUUAUUUACCAGCACAAUGUUCAAAUUGUCUGCCUGUGUUGCCACCUGUAUGUUAGAUGUAUUUGCAAUUGGUUGGCAGUCUCAAAGUUAAAGCCAAGCAUACUCUGACACAUGUUGUGUGUGGGUAUUAUUAUUUGUUUUAAGUUUGGUUAUGUUGAAACAAAUCCAGAUUAUUUUGGCAAGUUUUAUUCUGAUGGAAGAGUUCAGUAUUAAACAUUGAAUUUAUAAAAGUAUAUGCUGAAAGAUUAGAUUAACAACCCAAAGUGGAGAGUCUGAUCCCAUUACCUGUGUGUUAAAGUAUUACAGAACACCCUGCAAAGUUUACAAGAAACACAUCAUGUUACCUGUGCUGUGUCCAUCUUUAAACAUAUUGCCGGCACUUUUGACAUUUUUAAUCACACAUUAUGGUUCAUAUAUCAACUGGGUAAUACAUUUCUCAACAUUCACUCAGGAGUAUUCACCAGGAGAAAAAAAAUCUCUUCUAAGGAUCACAGUGUAUCCAGAUUGCAUUCCCUCCUGCAACAAUGCUGGUUUUCUGUUCCCGCAAUACACCACUUGCAAGUUCCCACAACUUGCACCAGCAUUGUUGCAAGAGAGAGCAUGAACUGGCUAACUGUGAUGUUUUGAAGAAAACAUUGCAGUUUGGAAGAAACCACCACUUUCUCAUAAUGACGCCAGCAUGGAGACUGUAGCAGAGUAUCAGUUGCUCAUCAGAGGCUGUUCUUGAUGUAGCACUAUGCAGCAUUCAGACUGAGUAAGAUAGCUCAAGGGGUGGCCCCUCCUCACUCUCCGUGAUCUCCAUGCCCCUCCUCACUCACAGUGAUCUCCAUGCCCCUCCUCACUCUCUGUGAUCUCCAUGCCCCUCCUCACUCACAGUGAUCUCCAUGCCCCUCCUCACUCUCUGUGAUCUCCAUGCCCCUCCUCACUCACAGUGAUCUCCAUGCCCCUCCUCACACUCUGUGAUCUCCAUGCCCCUCCUCACUCACAGUGAUCUCCAUGCCCCUCCUCACUCACAGUGAUCUCCAGGCCCCUCCUCACUCUCUGAUCUCCAUGCCCCUCCUCACUCACAGUGAUUUCCUUGCCCCUCCUCACCCUCUGUGAUCUCCAUGCCCCUCCUCACUCACAGUGAUCUCCAUGCCCCUCCUCACACUCUGUGAUCUCCAUGCCCCUCCUCACUCACAGUGAUCUCCAGGCCCCUCCUCACUCUCUGAUCUCCAUGCCCCUCCUGACUCACAGUGAUUUCCAUGCCCCUUUCCUGUAAUAAACCAACAAUACCAUCCUUACAAUGCCAGUAUACCAUGUACUAUUACCAUUUGGCAAUAAUAAGUGUUUAUUCUAGUGGUUCAACAAAUUCCUGUACAAAUUAAAUAUGGAUCCAUUUUGCCUAAGUUAAAUCUCAUGCGAGUAACUAUUACAUGUGAAUAAAUACAUAAAUAAAUAAAAUGAAUCCCAGACGCUGCUAUGGAAACUCACAAAGGCCAGUCAUUGUGAUAGACACGUAGUCUUCAGAAAGCUCCUGCCUUCACAAGUUGUGGCAUUGUUGGUAUCCUUAUCCAGUGGGGAUGAGGCCAGUCUUAGCUGCUCAUAUGCUUGGUAACCUUUCUCUUGCUUUUCCGUGUAUCUGAAAUAAAAUACCAGGCCGCGUGGAAUGACUGUCUGCCUGUCCAGAAUGUCCCUAGUAUUAAUUUUCCACGAGUGUCUGAAGACGGAAGUCAGUGUGUUUGUUGUAUGUGUCUGGAUUGAAACAGCUUCCCCUUCUUCUUAACAAAAAUACUACCCUGCACUUUGAAAUAAUUUUUCAACAUUUCGCCAAUGAUUUAAAAAAGAAAAGUUGAUGAUGUAGUAUCCCUUCUUUACAGGUCUACAUAACAUCUCAUCUCUACAGGGCACUUGUACGAACCUUUGAAUUUCAGUGGUAGAAAAAAAUAUUUUUAUACAAAUAUUAGAGGCUAAUAAAAUCACACCAUUUUCUUUUCUUUGAUAGAAUUAUAAGAAUAUAGCAGUCUAUCUUCUCAUAACAAUUCUUUUACUGGUUGAAAUGAUUUGUCAUUAAACGUUUGGCUGUAGGUAUAUUGGGUUGGAAUUCCCUUGGGGGCUGCAUGCAGUAUUUUAAGUUUAGGUUUUUGUUAAAACAAAAUUCUAAGAAUUCAAAAAAUCUGUUAAACAGCAAUUGACAGGAGGGGUUGAAUUUUUAAGCAACAUGAAUACCUAUAUAAAUUUGAACACCUGUUAUUUACUAAGAAAAAAGGUCAAACAGGUCAUACCUUUUAACCAAAAUAGGUUCCUUACCCAAAUCAAUUACUGUUUCUAACAUAUCUUUUGAAUUCUUAGCUUGGAAAAUAUUGUUUAGAUUUCUGUCAGAACUUUUUAUUAAUUAUUUAGCAGGGGGCACUUCAUCUUUACAACUGAAUAUUGUACUGUACAACAGUUAAAUAUUAUGUAAUAUAUGUGAUAGUGAAAAGUAUUUUGCGAUUCAUAGUUUUUACAUAGGCUGUAAAUAGUUUAAAAGUAAAUUCGAAAGGUUUCUAAUUUUAAACAAAGAAAAAACACCUUGUACAACUUGCAUAUUCAGUUAAUAUAAAAGAUUUUAGAAGAACAACUUUGAAUCAUGAAUAUAAAUCUUUUUUGGUAUGAUUUUCUAGUCUUCUAUUUUAUCAAGACAAAACAGUGUUUUUUUUUUCUUCUUAUGAAUCAGUGGUCAGUGUUUCUUCUAGAACCUAAAACCCAUUGCCUGUGAUACACUGCACUAGCCUGCUAAAGUGUUAACAUUCAACAUCAUCGGGGUACACCUGUCAUUGAGAAUCUGUAACAUCAGAAUGCUUUCAACCGCUUUUAGGGAAGAAAAUAUACCUGUAACUGUUCAAAAAAGUCCACGCCUUCUAUUAAAGUAAGGCAUUCGUGUUCUCUGUCUGCGAUGCAUUAGGAUAUCGACAGGACUUUGCUGACUAUGGUGAUGCCUUUUAUUACCAGAACAGAGUUACAGUUUGGCUGCAGAAUUUUGCAGGAAGGCCUUCAAUCGUGUCUCUAAUUGAAUCUGGUAUAACAGAGCACCCAGACCACACCCACUACCUACUGCCUUCUAUAUUUCAUAUACAGAACUGACUUGCAAUACAAGUGGCAUACAUUACUGACAAAACCCCGAGCUUGCACAAGAUGAACAGGUUUUAUACCUCAUUAAAGUCAGAGUUCAAUUUAUAUUUAGGACAGAUAUUAAAAGGCAACAUACACCAUUAACUGUUGUCCAAAGACUGGAAGACCAAACCAUUAUGAUUCAUGGUUUAAAAACUUUGUUUAUUCUGAAAAAAAAUUAAAUCCUUUGUUUCAUACCAAUACUGUUGAAGAUUUUCUCUGCAUUGUACACUAUGUAGUUUAGACAAUAACUAUGUUACAAGUUUACUGAUAUUAUGUAUGUGUUGUUCUUGUAUUUAUGUAUAGUGUAUGUAUUGUAAAUAUACUCAGAGCUUUUCAUCUUACUGUAAAUGGUGAUAUUGCCCUACAAUGAUGUAAAGGGAGUCCAUGGUAAUGAAAUUCUGUCAGAGGAUGAUACUUCCUUAUCUCUUUUAAGAGAUUGAAAUGAACAAGUGUUAAGUUUCGUUUGUUUUUCUAAUGGUGUCUAAACAUUCUCUGUCAGUGCAUCGCUUUAUUUUCUGUACUCAACUUUCAUAUGAAUUGAGCUGUGAAUUGAAAUAGAGUUUAAACCUAUAAAUGUAUGCAUUUGUAUAAUUAUCUGAAUGGAGGCAUGAAGGUAAAUAAAGUUGCAUUUUGUAUGUAACAAAC